CCCAACUCCUGCCUCUGGCACCCUUUCCAGAGGCGUGAGCCCCUGCCUCACACUGGCCUCUCUCACGCUGAGAGAAGUCCUCCCUCACGCUGGCCUGUUGAGGCCCAGCUCAUGCCUCUGUUGGCCUCUCCAGGCCCAGCCCCUGCCUGUUGGCGGCCUUUAGAGGCCCAGCCUCUACCUCAACAGUGGGCCCUCCACGCCCACCUCUCGCCUCGCCGUGGCCUCCUCGGGCCAGGCUCCCGCGUUGGGGCGGCCCCCACAGGCCCAGCUCCUGCCUCACGGAGGCCCUCCGGAGGCCAAGCUCAUGCGUCAGGGCGGCCUCUCCCAGCCUGGCGUUUGCUCCUUUGCAUGGGCUCCAGGAUCUGCACUUCCUCCAGUCGGCCUCUCCAGGCCCAGCAGGCCCAGCAGGCUCUCCAGGCCCAGCUCUUCCUCCCGGCAGCCUCUGCAGGACCAGACUGUCGUCAAGUAGGCCUGUCCAGGGACAGCUCCUGCCUCCCGGCGGCCUCUGCAGGCCCAGACUGUCGUCAAGUAGGCCUGUCCAGGGACAGCUCCUGCCUCCCGUCGGCCUCUGUAGGCCCAAGUCGUCCUCAAGUCGGCCUCCCCAGGCCCAGCUCUGGCCUCUCGGCGGCCUCUUCAAGUGCAAAAGUUCCUCGAGUCCGUCUCUCCAGGCCCAGCUCCUCCUGUCGCCCAGUGGCCUCUUUCAGCCCAGCCCAGCUCAUGCCUCCCGGCGGCCUUCCCAGGCCCCGCUUUUGACUUUCCGUGUCCUCUGCAGGCCCCGAACUUGACCUCCAGUCGGCCUCUCCAGGCCCAGCCUCUGCCUGUUGGCAGCCACUAGAGGCCCAGCCUCUACCUCAACAGUGUGCCCUCCAGGCCCACCUCUUGCCUCGCCGUGGCCUCCUCCGGCCAGGCUCCCACCUCGGGGCGGCCU